AUGGAAACAGCACCGGCAAAGUUUCUGUGGGUGGGGGGUUGGUUAGGUGGGUGGGUGGUUAGGUGGGUGGGUGGUUGGUUAGGUGGGUGGUUGGUUAGGUGGGUGGGGGGUUGGUUAGGUGGGUGGGUGGUUAGGUGGGUGGGUGGUUGGUUAGGUGGGUGGUUGGUUAGGUGGGUGGGAGUUUGGUUAGGUGGGUGGGUGGUUAGGUGGGUGGGGGGUUGGUUAGGUGGGUGGUUGGUUAGGUGGGUGGGUGGUUGGUUAAGUGGGUGGUUGGUUAGGUGGGUGGGGGGUUGGUUAGGUGGGUGGUUGGUUAGGUGGGUGGGGGGUUGGUUAGGUGGGUGGUUGGUUAGGUGGGUGGGGGGUUGGUUAGGUGGGUGGUUGGUUAGGUGGGGUGGGUGGUUGGUUAGGUGGGUGGGUGGUUGGUUAAGUGGGUGGUUGGUUAGGUGGGUGGGGGGUUGGUUAGGUGGGUGGUUGGUUAGGUGGGUGGGGGGUUGGUUAGGUGGGUGGUUGGUUAGGUGGGUGGGGGGUUGGUUAGGUGGGUGGUUGGUUAGGUGGGUGGGUGGUUGGUUAGGUGGGUGGUUGGUUAGGUGGGUGGGAGUUUGGUUAGGUGGGUGGGUGGUUAGGUGGGUGGGGGGUUGGUUAGGUGGGUGGUUGGUUAGGUGGGUGGGUGGUUGGUUAGGUGGGUGGUUGGUUAGGUGGGUGGGUGGUUGGUUAGGUGGGUGGUUGGUUAGGUGGGUGGGUGGGUGGUUUAGGUGGUUGGGUGGUUGGUUAGGUGAGUGGGUGGUUGGUUAG